AAAUUGUUCGAAUACGCCGGCAUCCAGAUAUUCAUUAUUCAGUUGCAAAAAAAAUUGUCACUCCAAAGCAUCACAUUUCUUUGUCUAGUCUUCUCGACACACAUUUGUAUUUAAUUAACAAUAAAUAGUAAUUAAAUAAUUCAACAUGCCUGCAAAACCUACCUUCAAAGUUGCUGAUAUUUCACUCGCUGAAUUUGGCAGAAAAGAAAUAACUCUAGCUGAAAAUGAAAUGCCAGGUUUAAUGGCAAUUAGAAAAAAAUAUGGUCCAGAAAAAAUAUUGAAAGGUGCUAGAAUUGCUGGUUGUCUUCAUAUGACUGUUCAGACAGCUGUUCUCAUUGAGACACUCACUGAACUUGGAGCAGAGGUACAAUGGUCAUCUUGCAACAUUUUUAGUACCCAAGAUCAUGCAGCAGCAGCAAUUGCUAAAACUGGAGUACCAGUAUAUGCCUGGAAAGGUGAAACUGAAGAAGAAUACAUGUGGUGUAUUGAACAAACACUUGUUUUUAAUGAUGGAAAACCAUUGAAUCUUAUUCUUGAUGAUGGUGGUGAUUUAACAAAUCUUGUUCAUACAAAAUAUCCAGAAUACCUUAAAGAAUGUCGUGGUGUAUCAGAGGAAACAACAACUGGUGUUCAUAAUCUUUAUAAAAUGGUUAAAGAAAAUAAACUCAAAGUACCAGCAAUCAAUGUCAAUGAUUCAGUUACAAAGAGUAAAUUUGAUAAUCUUUAUGGAUGUCGUGAAUCACUUAUUGAUGGUAUUAAACGUGCAACUGAUGUUAUGAUUGCUGGUAAAGUUUGUGUUGUUGCUGGUUAUGGUGAUGUUGGUAAAGGUUGUGCUCAAAGUCUUCGUGCAUUUGGUGGUCGUGUUAUUGUUACUGAAAUUGAUCCAAUAAAUGCAUUACAAGCAGCAAUGGAAGGAUAUGAAGUAACAACAUUAGAUGAUUGUGCACAUAAAGGACAAAUAUUUGUUACAACAACUGGCUGUAAGGGUAUCAUACUUGGUUCACAUUUUGAAGCAAUGCCAAAUGAUGCAAUUGUUUGUAAUAUUGGUCAUUUUGAUUGUGAAAUUGAUGUAUCAUGGUUAGAUAAAAAUGCUGUUGAAAAAAUUAAUAUCAAACCACAAGUUGAUAGAUAUCAAUUGAAAAAUGGUAGACAUGUUAUAUUACUUGCUGAAGGACGUCUUGUUAAUUUAGGAUGUGCUACUGGACAUUCAAGUUUUGUUAUGAGUAAUUCAUUUACAAAUCAAGUACUUGCACAAAUUGAACUUUGGACUAAAAAUGAUAAAUAUUCAGUUGAUGUUCAUAUGCUUCCUAAAAAGUUGGAUGAAGAAGUUGCUGCUCUUCAUUUGGAUCAUCUUGGUGUUAAAUUAACAAAACUUACACCAGAACAAUCAAAAUAUCUUGAUAUUCCUAUCAAUGGACCAUUCAAACCAGAUCAUUACAGAUAUUAAAUAUUUCUUGUUUUUAUAUACAACUAAUCAAUGAUGAUGAUAAUAAUAAUUCAAAUAAAAAACAUUUUCAUGAA